AGGCAUCUGAUCUCUGGUUUGCCUGUUUUGGGGAGCUGGUAGCAGGUUUCUGCUAUAACCAGGACGAUCUGAGUCUCACCUGCUCCAGCAUCCAUCAGCAAUGAAGCAAAGAGUAGGAGUUGAGGUUGUGUGAGGGAUGCAGUGUGGUUGGCCAUCACUAGAGAGCAGGAAAGCAUUCCCACUACAGCUUCCACCUAGGUAGCAUGCAGAAGUCACUUGGGCCAGGAGACCCCAGCAGGGACUCUCCUGUCCUGUUCUGCCUUACCAGACCUGGGAAAACACUUUAUCCAAGGGCUAGAAUAUCCCAUGUGGACAUUGGGGUGGAGUUUCCCCUUUGCAGGGUGGGUAACACAAAUCCAGCAGCAGCAACAGCCAAGCAUCUCUGAAUUCGGUCCUCCAGCCAUGUGGCACAAUCCUUGGCAGGCAGCAGUCCAGGUGAAAGCAACCUGUAUUCAAAGCAUCAUUUUGGGUCGAAAGCACAGCUCGUAGUGCACAGAUAAAGGGAGUGCUGGUGGGCAGCUGCAUGCAACAGCUGUGCCAGCCCCCCUGUCCUGGGGUCCUGCUCUAGACCCCUGCUCCCAGUGAGAGGUCUCUGGAGUUGGUAGUUCCUGAAGCUCCCUGCCUCCACAAAUCAGCUGGGGCAAUCAGCAAACAAUAAAAAUAUUAAUUUCAAAAAAGCGAGGCUUUUUUACUCACCUGCAGCUCUGAGCUGCCCUCCUGGUGUCACUUGCUGGCUGACAAGGUCUCCCCGGGGUGUGGAACAUAUGGAGGACAUGGGAACAACACACUGUGGCAGCUGCUGUGGGCUCUGCAGGGACCACACACCAGGAACAUUGCACUAUCCCAAGCUCAUCAGGGAUUUCAGUGUGCUCUGUGCUACAACAGCCCUUACAUGCUGAAAUCCAUCACUGGUCCACUGCUGUCCCUCAGAGACCUUGUACAAGCAGCAGCAACACUGGCUCUGACAGUCCCCACCCACAGUGACCUGGUGCUGAGCAGGGGACCAGGCACUCACCAUGAGCUUGGGGCCAGCACGUUGUUCUCCCUGGGGACCCACAGAAAGCAGGCAAGAGGAAGCAAUGGCAGUGAUGAUACAGUGGGCUCUGCUGGGCGAGGAGCAGAUACACUUGGGUCUUGUCCCCUCGGUUUGCUGGAGGUGGAUGGGCAGGUGAAUGUACCACAUUGUGGGAGGAGAGACAUGGAAGGAAGAUGGAUGCAGAGGAGCUUUAAAACCAUUGCUUAUAGUGGUGUGUCUCCCACACGCAGGUGCUUUAGCUUGUUGGAGUUUCUGGGAUGCAUCCUCUGUGUUCCGUCUCCCAGCCCCACCCCGAUCCCCCAGUGGCAAGUGUGUGGAUGUGAAAUGUCUGCGCUGUGGAGAGCAGCAGGCAGUCCAUGAACAUUAUUUGACACCAAGACGACCUGCGAAGAAGCUCCAUGAAGGUGACCAGCCAUGCAAUGUUCCUGGAAGGCUGUACUCCUCCUAGCCUUGGCAUCCAUUGCAAUCCAGUACACAGCAAUCCGGACCUUCACUGCCAAGUCCUUCCACAGCUGCCCCAUCCCUAAUCCUGUGAACUGCAGCCUGAGCCAGGACACUGAUGUGGCUGACAGGCUGUGCGAUGAGAAUCCCACUUUCCCGUACAACCUCUCCAGGAAGACUCAUGUUCUUAUCCUUGCCACCACCCGCAGCGGCUCCUCAUUUGUCGGGCAGCUGUUCAACCAGCACUUUGAUGUCUUCUAUUUAUUUGAGCCCCUCUACCACGUCCAGUACACCCUGAUCCCAAAGCUGACCCAGAGCAAGAGUACGACAGACAGGCGGGUCAUGCUGGGCGCCAGCCGAGACCUGCUGAGGAGCCUGUAUGACUGUGACCUCUACUUCCUGGAGAACUACAUCAAGCCCCAGCCUGUCAACCACACCACCGACCGCCUCUUCCGCAGGGGAGCCAGCAAGGCCCUGUGCUCACCACCUGUAUGUGAGUCCCUGGGAGCUGUGGAUCUCCACUUGGAGGAAGGAGACUGCGUGAAGAAGUGUGGGACCUUGAACCUGACGCUGGCCACUGAGUCCUGCAGAGAGCACGGCCAUGUGGCCAUCAAAACCGUACGGGUGCCCGAGGUCAAUGACCUCCGGGCCCUGGUGGAGGACCCACGGCUGAACCUGAAGGUCAUCCAGCUGGUGAGGGACCCCCGGGGGAUCCUGGCAUCCCGGAGUGAGACCUUCCGAGACACCUACAGGCUGUGGAGGAUCUGGGACGGCACUGGCAGGAAGCCAUACAACCUGGACGUGACCCAGCUCACUACAGUGUGUGAGGACUUCUGGAACUCUGUGUCCACCGGCCUCAACCGGCCACCGUGGCUCAAGGGCAAGUACAUGCUGGUGCGGUAUGAAGACCUGGCCAGGAACCCCAUGAAAAAGACUGAGGAGAUCUAUGAUUUCCUGGGCAUCCCCAUGGACAGCAACGUGGAGCGCUGGAUACAGAACAACACCCGAGGAGACAGGUCCUCCUCCAAACACAAGUACGGGACGGUGCGCAACUCGGCGGCGACGGCGGAGAAGUGGCGCUUCCGUCUGUCCUACGAGAUCGUGGCGUUCACCCAGCACGCCUGCCAACAGGUGCUGGCACAGCUCGGCUACAAAACUGCUGGCUCCGAGGAGGAGCUGAAGAACCUCUCCAUCAGCCUGGUGGAGGAGAGAGACUUCCUGCCCUUCUCCUAAGGCAGCCCCAACGGGCCUGGUUUUGAUGCGUACUGUUUCUAACUGAUGCCUUAUUUUAUUUUCUUUCCUUUUGUUUCCCCCUCUUUCUCUCUCUUGUCUUUUUCUCUCCAAAAUUUGCACUAAACCUUGAGCGGGAAUCUCAAAGGCCGAGUCCAGGGGAAGUGACUGCUGCCCCUCAAUACAUUUUGGAUGCCAGGAGGAGUUGAGUCUCUCCAAUCAAGAGCUAGAACUCUGGAUGGGUAACAAUGUUUACAAAACACACAAAAUGUAUAAAGCAACCUUCAAGCUUUCCAAACCGAAGGGUGUCUGGGGUACUGUACUUUUGCACUGUUUACUUUUACAAUGUAAGAGGUAAAUAUAAAUAUAAUUUAUGAAUGGUGACAUCCCCUCCAGAAUAACUUCCCCUGCCCCAAAUGAACACGUUAGACUGGAAGCUGAAAGUGUAACAACCUCCUCGUUUUUGAUCUCAGUGCGACAUGUCUGUCUGUUUAAGUCCUGUUACUGGGCUGGGCAGUUGGUCAGCUGCUCCUACAUGGUUGUUUGGUAACACCUGUGAUAUUUCUUUGUGCCAAAAACCCACUAAAAGGAAGGAAAAAAAAAAGGGAAAAAAAGCGAUUGGGUCAUUUGGUAAAAGCCCAACACAUUUAAUGCUUUAUUUCUGUGUUUUCUGUAAAUAAAAGUGCAAUAAAACUGA